AUGGCGCGCGGCAAGCAGGAGCUGAAAUUCGAAAACGGCACCAUUAUGAUUUUCCCGGACUUCUCAUCCGAAUUGCAAAAGCGCAGAGCCACUUUCAGUGCAGUGAAGCGGAGGCUGCGUGAAAAGAAUUUGCCAUAUUCUAUGGUGUAUCCGGCCCGCCUGAGGGUGGCAGAUGGUGACACAUACUUUGAGUUGGGCAAUCAGUCUAGUAAACUACUGGCCCACAUCGUUAGGCAAGGUCAAGCAUCCCCUGCUAUAUUGCGCGUCAAAGCACUGGAUGGGCAGAUGCUUUCAGAUCCAGAGGCUAUAGCGGGCAGGUUUCAGGAAUACUAUAGAGACCUUUAUGACUCCAGGGUGGAUCAUGAGAUAGCUGAUAUAACGCAUUAUCUAGAGGAUCUAGAGUUCCCUACUUUAUCGCAGGAAGCAGUAGUCAGCCUAGAAGCCCCCAUAACUAUACUGGAGAUACAGGAAUCUAUCUCCUGGCAAGAGGGAGAAAUUCAGGGUGUGGCAGAACUUGCCUCUAUCUACACCGGGGAGAAUCAAUCUGAUAAAAUUGAUUGUACUACCAAAGUGCCUUCUUCUCAGGGUAACCAGGAGCCAACAGCCACCCCUGAGACCAUGGUUCAACCUUUUGCUGCUAUUCCUUUCCCACCUCCACCGCAGAAUGGUCUGUCCACAGAAUAUGGAAGCCAUCAUCCACAAGAAUAUGCGACUUCUUCCACUGAACAUGGACUUCCACUGUAUGGAGGAGGACAAGGUCAUGCAGAGCAUAAUGCCCCUGCUACAAGCACAGCAAAUACAUCUAGUACGCAGACAGAUGGGGCUCAGCCAGAAGGGCAACAGCCACAGACUCAAAGCAAUGACAGUUCUGAGACAAAACCAACUCCGAAAAGACUUCAUGUCUCCAACAUACCAUUUCGUUUUAGAGACCCUGAUCUACGUCAAAUGUUUGGACAAUUUGGCAAAAUUCUUGAUGUAGAAAUAAUUUUUAACGAAAGAGGCUCAAAGGGUUUUGGUUUUGUAACUUUUGAAACUAGCGCGGAUGCUGACCGGGCCCGGGAGAAAUUGCACAGCACGGUGAUUGAGGGGCGAAAAAUCGAGGUCAACAAUGCAACAGCUCGUGUGAUGACCAAUAAAAAAACUGUGACUCCCUAUGGAAAUGGUUGGAAACUCAGUCCUGUAGUUGGAGCAGUGUAUGGCCCUGAACUAUAUGCUGCUGCACCUGGACUUCAAGCUGAUGUCUCUUUGGCAACUGAGGCAGGUGUCCCUCUCCCUGGACCUCGAGGGGUUAACACAUACAUUCCAUUGAUUAUACCUGGUUUUCCUUACCCUACGGCGGCAGCAGCUACCACAGCUGCAGCCUUUAGAGGUGCACACUUAAGAGGACGUGGGAGAACUGUGUAUGGGGCUGUGCGAGCAGUACCACCUACUGCCAUCCCAACCUACCCAGGACUAGUCUUACAGGAAUCAAUCUUAAACCCUAAACUACCUCAGGGCGGAUAUGCAGCUUACAGGUACACUCAACCAGCUACUGCUGCCACAGCAGCCACCGCCGCUGCCGCAGCUGCUGCAGCCUACAGCGAUGGAUACGGGAGGGUAUAUACAGCUGACCCAUAUCAUGCCCUGGCCCCUGCUACCAGUUACGGAGUGGGAGCUGUGGCGAGUUUAUACAGAGGCGGUUACAGCCGAUUUGCUCCGUACUGAAGUGACGUAAGCUUAUUGUUAGUUCAACCUGGACAAAACUGCCCUUUCUCCCCUUUUGCCUGUUCCCCUUCCCCCAACUGUCAACGUUUGUGAGGCGCGGCUUUUGCAAUACUUAAAGAAACUCCUCUAGGAAUUUUCUGGCAAUGCAAGAUGGAUGGAUACAACCGAAAUAUAUACAAAUCAAACAAAAAGGACUUUUUUUUUUAUACCUCAGUUUUCUUUCAAAUUGCAAUUUUUAUUUCUGCAUUUACUUUUUGUUUUAAGGGGUGUGUUCAUUUUGUUCCAAAGAUAUUUUUUUCAACUGUUGUAAACGUGUGUGUGUGUAUAUAAUAUUUACAUAACUGUUGUGAGCUUUUAUUACUAUUAUUUCUGUGCCUGUAAGAAGAAAAUAGGACAACAUAAAUGGUGUUGCAAGAUUAA